AUGCCAAGCCCUCCAUUCUUCGACAUGCCAAGCCCUCCAUUCUUCGACCUGCUAAAUGCGCUGGACUCCUUGAACGACAAAGAAAAAUAUGCCAAGUUCCAUAUAAUUAAUACUCCAUACAAGAAAACACCGGAUGGUCUGUGCCAAAUCGCGACGGAUAUUCUGAUUCCGCGAACAUUUCGCGACAACAACGCUUGUGAUCAGCGGCCUGUGAUUAUACGAAUUCAUGGAGGGUUUCUGGUAACAGGGUCAAGUUUGUAUGCUCCCUGGUUCAACACCUGGAUCCUUGACUAUGCGCUUCAAAACGAUGCAAUUAUCAUCUCUCCAAACUACAGACUACUCCCGGAAGUGACAGGGAGUCAGAUAUUGGAGGAUAUUCACGACCUAUGGAGCUGGAUUCACGACGGCUCAGUCGACCAAGUGAUGCAGAGCGCUGGGUAUCAGGGACUCGCUCUGAACCUUGAGUCCAUUCUCCUAGUGGGAGAGAGUGCUGGAGGAUAUCUCGCCACACAGAUCGCGAUUUCAUACCCAUCUCAGAUCCGUGCAUUGAUCGCCGCGUAUCCGAUGCUUGAUCUGGAAUCGACAUUCUACACCAAAGCCUUUUCGAAACCCAUUCAACGAUCGCUGCGACGAGGCAAAACCGAGUCUCGUGCAUUACAGCGGCAAAUCCACCCAAUCGACUAG